UCUGGAGUUCAGAUUCAGGGAGAUUUUUUUUUUUAUUUUAGACGGGCUGCAGUUGCAACUGCGCUGGUGUAAACAUGUCGGGCGGCUGGACAGCAAACGAUCACAAGAGUUACACGAACCCUCCGAGUUCGGGGGUAAAGCGACCUCGAAGCGACGUGGGGAACAGGGUAACAGUCGUAUUGGGGGCUCAGUGGGGAGACGAAGGCAAAGGAAAAGUGGUCGAUUUGCUAGCGACAGAGUCUGACAUCAUUUGCAGAUGCCAGGGAGGAAACAAUGCAGGACACACUGUGGUUGUGGAUGGAAAAGAAUACGAUUUUCAUCUCCUUCCAAGUGGAAUUAUCAACACCAAAGCCAUAUCCUUCAUCGGAAAUGGGGUUGUGAUCCAUUUACCUGGCCUUUUUGAAGAGGGUGAUAAAAAUGAGAAGAAAGGGCUCAGGGACUGGGAAAAGAGAUUGAUCAUUUCUGACCGAGCCCAUAUUGUGUUUGAUUUUCACCAGGCGGUAGAUGGACUUCAGGAAGUCCAGCGACAAGAGCAAGAAGGGAAAAACAUUGGAACUACAAAGAAAGGAAUUGGACCUACUUAUUCCACCAAAGCAGCACGGACAGGCCUGCGGGUGUGUGACUUGUUAGCCGACUUCAAGGAGUUCUCUGCUAGAUUUAGAAAUCUAGUCCAACAAUACCAGUCCAUGUUUCCUUCUUUGGAAGUAGACAUUGAUGGUCAGCUGAAAAAGCUAAAGGAAUAUGCAGAGAGGAUAAGACCCAUGGUGAGAGAUGGUGUCUAUUUCAUGUACGAAGCCAUUCAUGGGCCCUCAAAGAAAAUCCUAGUCGAAGGUGCCAAUGCUGCCCUGUUGGACAUCGAUUUUGGCACGUACCCCUUCGUGACUUCCUCCAACUGCACUGUGGGUGGGGUGUGCACAGGCCUGGGCAUCCCGCCUCAGAACAUUGGGGAGGUCUAUGGAGUGGUGAAGGCCUACACUACCAGAGUGGGCAUUGGGGCCUUCCCUACGGAACAAACCAAUGAGAUUGGGGAGCUGCUGCAGUCCAGAGGCCAUGAGGUGGGAGUGACCACAGGCAGAAAGAGACGCUGUGGCUGGCUAGACCUCAUCAUCCUCCGAUAUGCCAACAUGAUCAAUGGGUUCACUGCUUUAGCAUUAACAAAGCUGGAUAUCCUGGAUGUUCUGGAUGAGAUCAAAGUGGGCAUUGCAUACAAGCUCAAUGGCAAAAGAAUUCCCUAUUUCCCAGCCAACAUGGAGAUCCUUCACAAAGUUGAGGUGGAUUAUGAAACCCUACCAGGCUGGAAGACCGACACCACUGCAGCGAGAAAAUGGGAUGACCUGCCGCCCAAGGCCCAGAACUACAUCAGAUUUGUGGAGAACCACAUAGGUGUUCCCAUAAAAUGGGUUGGUGUUGGGAAGUCAAGAGAGUCCAUGAUCCAGAUGUUCUAGCUGAAGAACUGCCUCCCUUUGGUCAAAACAAAUAUGCUCAUGGUGGCUUUGCUCCUGUUCACUUCUUUUCACACAUGGUAGAUGGCAUUUUGUGGCAUUUUAACUGAAUGUUAUGCAAUACUAAGUGACAACAGAGUCUAAUCUCAGAGUUCCCAGUAAUUUUACAGGAUUUAGAGACAGGGUACAUUUUUAAUUACUACUAAUAAGAUGUAUUGAGAUGCAGGCAUUAUGACAGUAUGUAUGCUGUAGACAUUGCUCAGUUGAUUAAUCAGUUGUCUUCAGUGCAUCUCUCAAAAAUGUGAUUCCCCCAGGGAACAGGGUCACUUCUUUUCAGGUAUAUAACUAUGGGUUAAACUGAUGUUUCUUGCUGUCUUUUCUCAUGUGUUUCUGUAGAAUUUGCUGUGCCAAAAGAAAUACUAUACUUACUGAUAAGCAAACUGGAAGACAGUAUUAAUCUCAACAAACUUUGUGUUGAGAGCAGGAAGCUGUCUUUUACAAAGAGAACUGUUGCACUGCUUUCCAAAAUAUAUUAGGCACUUGAUUUUUAACUCUGGAUUUAACAAAGCUUUUUGAAUGGGGCCUACUCACUCCAUCACUCCUGAAAUAUUUUCUUUAAAAAAUUGUUAGCUGUAGUAAGUCAUUAUAACUGUAAUGAAAUACUGAUUAAUCGAGUAUUUGUGAAUAGUGAAUAAUUGAAUAGAGGGAGGUUAAAAUUAUCAAUAAGAUCAGUAAAAUUAACAUCAGAAUCAUGAUAUGCAAGCAAAUUUAUAAAAGGAACAAUUUUACACCCCUUGUUUUGUCAGGGGAUACUGAGUGUCAUAUAGGGGUGUGUUCUUUGUUUCUUCAGCAUGAUAUGGUAACAAAGUGAUUAACUUAAACUGCUCUCUUUUAUCAAAUCAAAGAUCCAAAUCGGGACUAAAUUUAUCUCCGAAACAUAUGCUAAACAAGUGGGAACAUAUUAUCCUGUGCAAACGAAUGUAGCGCUAACAAAAUGAGAGAUUUGCUUUAGCUUGGUGGAUAUCACAAAUAGAAUAUCAGUAUUUACGCAAAUAUUUAAAACAGUCCCUUACUUAAGGUCUGAAGUCAGUCUAUUGACUGCAGAAAUUACUUGGACGUUCUGUAGUCCUACUCUAUAAAGAAAGAAGCUCUCUUUGAGCUAAUUGCUUCUUCUCUCGCUUCUGUUUUUUCCUCUUCUGUCCUUUCACUUUCUGUGUGCAUUUUCUUCCAUCUUGGUCCAUCCAUUUCCCAUGAAGACUGACUUAACUGCAAGUGGUGUAGUCCAAAUUAAAAAUGAGUACAUUUGUUUGGCCUCCUGGAACUUUGGCCAAUGUGAUUGCCUCAGUUGAAAAACAAGAUUAGUGGAAAGUCUGUGCAAACACUCCCAAGACUGCCCAUUGUUUUACCUUUCAGGAAUGGAUAUGAAAUUUAACAAAUUGUGAAAGUAACAUUAUCAUAUAACAUCUCACAAAAAUUUGCUACCAUAAAGUUAAAUGUGCCCUGUCUCAAAGUCUCUGGUGACAAUGGAGCUUCCUCAGAAAAUCAAAUAUGUCUAUUGUAAAAUUACUGAAACAAUUUACAAAUGUCCUUAUCGUGAGGCUUUUAUCUUCUAUUACAGUUUUAUUUUUGUCUAUUCCUAUACAUAUAUUUUAAAAUGAAUUUACUUUUGUUGACACCACAUUUCAAUUGUAAUUUAUUUAUUUGCUUGGUCCAGUAAGUGGUGGUCCCUUAAAUGACAUUGACGUCAAUUAAAAUCAAUGUUUCUGUAUGAAUAGAAGAUUCAAAACGUUCUUUUUAUUGUGAUGUGAAAAAACAACAUCAAUAAGAAUUUUACAGUAUUACGAAUUGCUUAAUUGCUAUUUAUGCUGUAUGACUCAUUACAUAAUACAAGGAGAUAAGAAUUUCCCCUUUGUGGUUCCCUUCUUCACAGGGAGAAAAGCCAAGUCUAUCCUAAGAAAAAAGUCAGAAUGUCAAUACAAGUACAUCAUUUUCCAUCUGAAAGUCUCACAUGGAAAGUCUCAUACUGGCUUUGCAAAAUUUGAAUUCCUUAUCAAAGGAUUUCUAAAUAUUUCAAAUAUAUCUUUUUUGGGAGCUACAGUUGAGCACUGAAUGGAAACCCAUAUACUUCUGCUGUGGUCUUUUUUGCAGUGUUUCAUUGAGUGAAAUUCCAUAAAUUCAGCUUCAGGUCUCAUUAACUGCAGGCAAAGGCCAGAGCAAGAGUGACAUCAUGCUGACAUCCCUCUGAUGACACUAAUUGCAGUUCUUGGGAUAUUAUUCAUAAACAAAUUUACAUGUCCUAGGGCAGCUGUUUUACCUUAAAGAAAAAAAAAGUCCUAGGUAUUAUCUAUGAGCCACUGUUUUUUAACAGAUUGUGGACUUGAGAGAUGUUAAAGCAGCAUGGCCGUUAAAGCUAAAGUUAUCACUUUAAAAGAAAAAAAGUGAAGAUAAAGUCUCUGCAGAAACCAUAGCAGAGUCAGCUAAAUAAAACAAAACAGGGUCAACAGAUCUUAAAAAUUAAACCACCAUAGGAUUGUACAGGAUGGUAACAUGUGGAUGGUUGAACAGCUUUUUGAAAUAUUUUAAAAGUCUUCAGUAAGUUUACUUCCCUUUUUAGUGGUGCUGAAUACUUUUAUCGGGAAAAUCUGGACUCAAGAAAUGAGUUAGUAGUAGCCCCAUCUUUCCAACCUUUCGGUACAUUUGCUUUGACUUGAAUAAACUCUGGCCAGUACAUAAUGAAACCGUCAUGGAUUUUACUUGCUCAACACCUUUGCCCUUUUCCUGGUAUAUAGAAACAAUGGAGAAAUUGUUAUUUUAAAACUGUAAUAAUUGACAUUAUAUUUUUUGUGAUUUUUUGUGAGGUGCUGUUUAUUAUAAUUCUAUGGAAGGUUUCCAGUGCUAAGAUACCUGUUUUUUUUCCACAUUAUUUGCUGGUUUGCUACACCAGUGAGCUUUUGGCAAUCAGUCUGAAUUCUGUGAUGUGUGCAGCUGAACCUCAUUUUAAUUCAGGUUUAAAAUGAACUCCUACAUUGUUGGGGAGACAGAGCUGAUAUAGUAAGCCAAUAAGCCAUUUUUUCCUAAACCCUAUGAGUAAGAAAAGAUGUAUCUUUUUAGAACUAUAUAACAUUCGUAUCUUUUUCAAGCCCAACUUGCUGCUGUUACUAUGUUGGAUCUGUCUUCUAGCAGUUGGUGUUGAAAAUGAUUUAAUUGCAUUGCUGUAUUAAAAAAUGGAAAUUUCCAAUGCAAAUAAAAUCAAAUACACAUUG